CAAUUAGUUAAACAUGAGAGGAUAAAGCAACUAAUGUAUAUCUUCUAUCACCAAUCAUCUCGAGACAAAUCCAUAAAAACACUUAUCCAAAAUGAAUCCUUUCAUCUAAUCUCGAGAUAAAACCCCUAAGUUGUUAAGCAUUCUGUUUCAGAUCAACAACUUCCCAAAUCUUUUGUAUUCCCAAAACAAAGAGUCAGAGCAGUCCAGGAAACAGAGUCAGAGAGUAAAGCUUUCAACAAUGGUGGAAGGAGGCGCAACGACACUCGCCGACAAAACCCAGUUUACCGAAUGCUGGAUAAUCACUUCCAGGAACCCCUACAUCGCCAGGCUCGCCUUCUCCGCUGGGAUCGGCGGCCUGCUGUUCGGGUACGACACCGGAGUCAUCUCCGGUGCUCUUCUCUACAUCAAGGACGAUUUCGAGUCCGUCAAGAACAGCACUUUCCUCCAGGAGGUCAUCGUCAGCACGUGCGUAGCCGGCGCGAUUGUCGGAGCCGCCGUAGGCGGCUAUGCCAAUGAUAGAUUUGGUCGGAGGAAAACGAUUAUGGCCGCCGAUGCUCUGUUUUUCUUGGGUGCGGUGGUUAUGGCGGCGGCCCCUGUUCCCGGAGUAAUUAUUAUGGGGAGGGUUUUGGUCGGCUUUGGCGUCGGGAUGGCUUCCAUGACGGCGCCGCUUUAUAUAUCGGAAGCUUCUCCGGCGAGGAUUCGAGGGGCGAUGGUUAGUACUAAUGGGUUGCUGAUUACCGGCGGCCAGUUUGUUUCUUACCUCAUCAAUCUCGCCUUCACUCAGGCUCCAGGAACUUGGCGAUGGAUGCUUGGAAUCGCCGGAGUUCCUGCUCUGGUUCAGUUUGUGCUAAUGUGGUCGCUUCCCGAGUCUCCAAGAUGGCUUUACAGAGAGGAUCAUAAAGAAGAGGCGAGAUCGAUUCUGGAGAAGAUCUACCCGGCGGAGGAAGUGGAAAGAGAAAUCGAAGCCCUCAGAGAAUCCGUCGAAGCAGAGAAAGCCAUCGAGCAAUCAAUCGGCAAAGGCACGAUCUCCAAACUGAAAGGAGCCCUCUCCGACACGGCGGUCCGUCGGGGUCUCUACGCCGGCGUGACGGUCCAGGUCGCACAACAAUUCGUCGGAAUCAACACUGUAAUGUACUACGCUCCAACAAUCGUCCAGUUCGCCGGAUUCGCCUCCAAUUCUGUCGCUCUAGCUCUCUCGCUCGUCACCUCGGGGCUCAAUGCGUUGGGUUCGAUCAUCAGCAUGAUGUUCGUCGACCGGUACGGUCGCCGCCGGCUGAUGAUGGUGUCGAUGGUUGGGAUCAUCACGUUUCUGGUGAUCCUCGCCGUCGUGUUCAAGGAGGCGUCCGUCCACGCGCCGGCUGUCAGCGCGAUCGAGAGCGCGGGGUUUGGCGGGAACAUGACCUGUCCGGCGAGUUUGAAUAUUGGCGGGAACAAAAAUUGGGGAUGUAUGAAAUGCCUGAAAGCAGGAUGUGGAUUCUGCUCCAAUGCCGGUAGUCAGUAUCACCCGGGAGCCUGCCUGAUCGGAGACAAGGUCGCGAGAUCGGCCUGCAAGGCUGAGAGCGGCCGAACGUGGUACGAAGAAGGUUGCCCGAGCAAGAUCGGGUUCCUCGCCGUGAUCCUCUUGGCUCUCUACAUCAUCUCCUACUCCCCAGGGAUGGGGACGGCGCCGUGGAUCGUCAAUUCGGAGAUUUACCCGUUGAGAUACAGAGGAAUCGGAGGUGGAAUCGCCGCCGUGGCCAACUGGACGUCGAAUUUGAUUGUGAGCCUGACUUUCCUGACGAUGACGGAGACCCUGACGGUGGCCGGAGCGUUCCUGACGUUCGCGGGGAUCUCGCUGUUGGGUUUGAUUGCAAUCUUCUUUCUGGUGCCGGAGACUAAAGGGCUGCAGUUCGAGGAGGUGGAGAAGAUGCUGAGAGAUGGGUACAAGCCUGGGUUUUUCAAGAAAGCAGGGGAUUCUGAAGUUGCCAAGGUGAAUUAACUUCUCCCGACUGCCAAUGCCUUGGAAACCUAUCCCAAUCUCCAGAAACUGGAGCUGCAUGUGAAUCAGUCAAGCCAUGUUUACUGGUAACAAUGCCUUCAUUCAUGAAUCACCUCUGCCAUUGAAUUGACAAUGCACUCUCUCUUGCUAUAAAUUCAAGCUCCUGUAGUUGCUCAGCAUGCAUUAUUGGCCAUCUGCCAUUUUUUUGGGGUUCUGUUUUGUGACAGAGCCAUUUAUUCUGCAUAUGGCUACAUGAGAAUUGAGAUGGAUAAGGCAGCAGCAUCAAUGAGAUAGGAGAUGAAAACUGUUGGAAAUCCAACUCAAAUCCUGAAAUAAAUGAUUUUUUUAAAAAAAAAUUAUUGUCAUGGUAUCGUCAUACUAUAUAGUCUAUGGAUUCAAUACUACUAAUUUGAUUAGACAAUAGUUAAUCUUUGUCCGCCAAUCUUGUUUCGAACCAAAUUGAGAUAAAACGAGAUCAAAUAUAAAGAAAACUCUUGAGAAUCAGAAUAUGAUCAAAUGUAAUCGAUCCACUUUCAAUAUAAGGUUGGUAUGUUUUCCCCCUUCAAUACUAAAAGAGAAAAUUCAAUUGCAAUUUUAAUUCAAAUUUCAAUUCGGGCAUGUGUUGUUGUGGUAUGAGCCAAACCGUUGUGGAUAAAACAAAUGAGACAGACAGUUGUGGACAAAAAAUGAAUCAAAAGCAUGUUCGGUUCAUUUGUUACGACAGUGUUCGAUCUCGUUUCACUUUCGUUUCAAUGUUCCUUGUAUACCUAAUAUAAUUUGUAUGAUCGAUCCUUGGACCGACCAAAUCAAACUAUAUUUGAUUU